AUGUGGAUACUGAGGUACAAGUAUGAUUUAGAUGAUGGUACUAUCCGCAACGUAUCACGCUGUCUCCAGAGCGGGCAAACCUAUACCAUUGGUCGCUCCAGUAAGAGUUUGCUCAAUAUAAAGAAUGAUAAAAGCAUAUCGAGAAAUCACGUCAGCCUGAGUUGGAAUAAGGAGAAUGGGCGAAUCACCCUUAGCAACCAGGGCAAAUUGACAGCAGCUGGUGGCAAAUAUCUCAAAGUUGGUGAGGACAUGAUCUUUCAAGAAUCUUUGUUCAGAGACAAAAACGUCGUAAUCGAGCUUGGAACCAAGCCGAUAACGGUAGAUAUUUCGUGGAAGGAUGCUAUAUGGGACAUUCCGCAGAGCUUUUCUGGUUUUACGGAGGAGCUUGGCCAAUUCGGAAUCGAAGCGCAGGUUGGAAAGGCAGAUGUACGAUCAACUGCGGUAGUGGUGGCCGAAAAUGAAGCCCACCGGUCUCUUUUUGGUCUUGUCCAUAAUAUACCGCUCAAGACGGCGCAGUUUUUAUGCAGUGCGAAAGAUGUAUUGUCAUCUUCAGACGCUACUUUCGAUGAAUCCUGGAGUAAAUUGGACCGCAAUGAACGGACGAUGGUAGUGCCAAGUGGCCGCACUCUGGAGCAAGUCUUCAGUGGUCUGAAGUUCUAUAUGAUUGAACGGAAUGAACAAGUAACUAAGUAUACCCAGAAGGCUAUUACCAGAGGAGGCGGCGAACUAGUGUGCGUUGGAGCCUUGAAAGAGUUGCUAGGUUUGUUGAAGUUAGAGGACUCCACUCAAAAUUUGGUAGUGAUACAGUCGCCUGAAUCUGCAGUACAGGUGGCCCAAGCGGGUAUUAUUGCUUUCACCCUUGAUGAUAUUGUCUCGAAAGUUCAAGAUAACGCCACAGCGAAACUGCUGGGUGGAGUACCGAAUUUCUCGUUAGCAGCACCAAUUUUGGAAGGCUCACCUGAGGUAAGCUCGGGCGAUAAACUGGGACUAGCAUCGCAAGCUCGCCAGACAUCUGAGGAACCAAAUCAAGAUGUCGAAAAACGGCCAAGAAAGAAGAGGCGACUCAACAGACGAGCAGUUAAGCCCCUUGACAGUCUGAUGUUUUUUGCAGGAGGUGAUUCAUUCAAGUCCGAGGCCUUGUCUGAUACUUCAAUGCCCUCUCUAGAGAAGAAAGCGCCGUCGCCGAAGGAUAACCUUGCGCACGCUGGACCAACAGCGAGCUUAGGAGCCGCUUCUGCGCUGGAAACUAAAGAACAGCCAACAUUUGCUAAUGAAUCAUACGAGAAUCAGGUUCAUCAUUCAGCUUUGCGCGAACCGACGCAACCGAUUAGUCCUAGCGUUAAUACUCCUGUUCCAGUAGAAAACUUUGAUGAAAGAACUAGGGACAGAGAGAUCGACGAAGUCAAGAUUUCACAAGAGCAAAAUUAUCCAAUUUACGAUGAUGGAGUUGUUAUGAAGAAGCAGCCUACACGGCAGAGGACGCUGCGGGAUACAAGUUUAAGCGAGAAUGAUUCGCGCAGAGCAGCUACGCCAAAAGAAGACUUGGUGGAAGUCAUCAACGAUACCAAAAAUCGCGAAGUAAAGCGAUUAAAUUCAACUUUGAUUCAAGUCUCGACAGAUGAACUGACUGAGGAUGCUAUCAACCAACUAGGAAAUUUGGCUAUUAUCCGACCCAAUGAAAAUUUAAUGAGGGAAAGGGAGCACGAUAACAGCGAGCAGACUGCAGAGCAUAAUACGCCGUGGCAUGGCCGUAAAAACUUUAAGAAUUUCUUCAAAAUUCAACCAAAAUAUAAGAAAGACCAUUUCAGUGAUAAGUACCGGGAAGGAUCAUCAGAUUUCAUACGCAGAAGUGCAUUUUCGCUAAUCAAAGAAUAUGUACCGCUGAAGCCAUAUUCCAGAGAACUGCCGAAAAGGGUCGAAGAUUUCCCUCCAAUUGCAAAAGAAAGAUCUGUUUCUGGGACUGCUCUUGACCGAGCUCGAGAUCAUUCACCUGAACAGGCAAGUUCCACGCAUUAUUCGAAUGGAUCAACUCCGGUUCAGGAGCUCUUUGUGGUGGAUGAAGAUGAUUCACAGAGUGCGCACCUCACAGUGCCAGGGGAGCAGACCCUACAAGCUGAAGAAUCUGAAACAGCAGAUGUGCUCCCGUCGCGGCAAACUUCUGGGUUGAUGCAAACAAGAAAGCGGAAAACAACCACCAGGCGAAGCCCUGCUCGCUUUAGUAAUAUAGAAAACGAGGACAGCGGAGAUGAUGAUGAUGACGAUGAUGAUGACGAUGACGACGCUGAUGAGCCAAAGUUCAAGUUUAGGAGACGAAUGAGAUAUUCGUAA